AUGCACUCACCUCCUAGAGAACAGCCUGCCAUCAUGCUCUGGAAACUGGUUGAAAAUGUCAAGUAUGAAGAUAUCUAUGAGGACCGGCAUGAUGGAGUGCCCAGCCACAGUUCCAGGCUGUCCCAGCUGGGAUCCGUCUCGCAGGGACCCUACUCCAGCGCUCCUCCGCUCUCUCACACCCCAUCCUCGGAUUUCCAGCCGCCUUAUUUCCCACCCCCCUACCAGCCUCUUCCUUACCACCAAAGCCAGGACCCUUACUCCCAUGUCAAUGACCCCUACUCCCUAAACCCCUUGCAUCAACCCCAGCAGCACCCCUGGGGACAGAGGCAGAGGCAAGAGGUGGGAUCAGAAACGGGGUCACUGCUGCCACAGCCUCGGGCCGCCCUGCCCCAGCUCUCGGGACUGGACCCCAGGCGGGACUACCACUCUGUAAGGAGGCCAGACGUCCUCCUGCACUCAGCUCACCAUGGCCUUGACUCCGGCAUGGGGGACAGCCUUUCUCUGCAUGGCAUCGGACACCCAGGGAUGGAGGAGGUCCAGUCAGUUGAAGAUGCCAAUAACAGCGGUAUGAACUUAUUGGACCAGUCUGUCAUUAAAAAAGUUCCGGUUCCUCCAAAAUCUGUUACUUCUUUGAUGAUGAAUAAAGAUGGCUUCCUGGGUGGAAUUUCAGUCAAUACCGGAGAGGUGUUUUGCUCUGUACCUGGCCGCUUGUCUUUGCUUAGUUCAACUUCAAAGUAUAAAGUAACUGUGGGAGAAGUUCAAAGACGCCUUUCUCCUCCAGAGUGUCUGAAUGCAUCCCUCCUAGGAGGAGUACUUAGAAGAGCCAAAUCGAAAAACGGGGGGAGAUCUUUGCGAGAAAGGCUAGAAAAAAUCGGUUUGAAUUUACCAGCCGGCAGGCGUAAGGCCGCAAAUGUCACUUUACUCACCUCCCUGGUGGAAGGUGAGGCCGUUCAUUUAGCUCGGGAUUUUGGGUACAUCUGCGAAACGGAGUUCCCAGCCAAAGCUGUUUCUGAGUACCUGAACAGACAGCACACGGACCCCAGCGACCUCCACUCCAGGAAAAACAUGCUGCUUGCUACAAAGCAACUUUGUAAAGAAUUUACAGAUCUCUUGGCCCAGGACAGGACACCCAUUGGAAACAGCCGGCCCACCCCUAUUUUGGAACCGGGCAUUCAGAGCUGCUUGACUCACUUCAGCCUCAUCACUCACGGCUUUGGGGCCCCCGCUAUCUGCGCUGCCCUCACGGCCCUUCAAAACUACCUGACUGAAGCUCUCAAAGGCAUGGACAAGAUGUUCUUGAACAACAACACUGCUAACAGGCACACAUCUGGCGAAGGACCAGGUAGUAAAACUGGAGACAAGGAAGAGAAACACAGAAAAUGAGAGAGAGAGAGAGGAAAAAAAAA